AUGACCGAACACGCGGCUCCUGCCUACUGCGCAUGUGCAGUGCGGCGGCCAUUGGAGGCGCAGGAUGAUCAUCCCCGUGCGCUGCUUCACCUGCGGCAAAGUGGUCGGCAACAAGUGGGAGGCCUACCUGGGCCUGCUGCAGGCCGAGUACACCGAGGGUGAUGCUUUGGACGCACUAGGCCUGAAGCGGUAUUGCUGUCGGCGGAUGCUCCUCUCCCACGUUGAUCUGAUUGAGAAACUCCUGAACUACGCUCCCCUGGAGAAAUGAUCCACCCUUGACUUGUGGAUCAUGAUAAUGGCAAAGUAUUAGACUGGUGUGACAGGCAAAUUCUACACGAAGAUCUGGAGAACAUGGUCUGGAAGAAGACAAUUUGCAUAACUGUAUCAUAAAUAAAAAUGGGGAUUUUAUAUUA